CGUAGGAAAGCCAUAGGCACCUCGCGGCCGGGGCAGGACCGGGUCUGGGGUAUCUAGGUGUGGGCUGCGCCUAGUUUGUAAUUUGUUGUGUUCAGUGAGGGGAGGCCACCCAUCGUAUGUCCCUAGCCGUAUAAUAAGCUAGCCCGCGUCCCGGCACUGGCUGGAACCUUCCGGGGGAAAUCCGGGUGGGUUUGGCUCGGUGGUGCCGGUCCGAUUUCUCGGCAGCCGGGUCGGGCUGGUGAGAAGGUGCAAACCGCGGAGCUGGAGCUGGCGCCCUGCGCCCCACCCAGGCUGCGGCCGCACACGGGGAGGAAGCGCACUUAGGUUUAGCACAAAGUUUCCUUUUCUGCUUUAUCGUCAGAGCAGCUUAAAAGGACUGGGGUCUGAGAAUGCCUCACUUUAGUUUGAAGCGGGCUCAAAGCCAAACGGAUUAAAAUAGGCGAUUUCCCGCUUCCCGAAAACGCACGCCCUGCUGGCCAUGGGCAGCCGAGAUCACCUGUUCAAAGUGCUGGUGGUGGGGGACGCCGCAGUGGGCAAGACGUCGCUGGUCCAGCGAUAUUCCCAGGACAGCUUCAGCAAACACUACAAAUCCACCGUGGGAGUGGAUUUUGCUCUGAAGGUUCUCCAGUGGUCUGACACCGAGAUGGUACGGCUCCAGCUGUGGGAUAUUGCAGGGCAGGAGCGUUUCACAUCCAUGACACGACUAUACUAUCGAGAUGCCUCUGCCUGUGUUGUUAUGUUUGAUGUAACCAACGCCACUACCUUCAGCAACAGCCAGAGGUGGAAACAGGACCUGGACAGCAAGAUAACACUGCCCAAUGGGGAACCUCUGCCCUGUCUGCUGUUGGCCAACAAGUGUGAUCUGUCCCCUUGGGCAGUAAGCCGGGACCAGAUUGACCGGUUCAGUAAAGAGAAUGGUUUCACAGGUUGGACAGAAACAUCAGUCAAGGAGAACAAAAAUAUUAAUGAAGCCAUGAGAGUCCUCAUUGAAAAGAUGAUGAGCAAUUCCAGAGAAGACAGUAUGUCUUUGUCCACCCAAGGGAACUACAUCAAUCUACAAACCAAGUCCUCUUCCAGCUGGGCCUGCUGCUAGUACGAUUUGACUUGUUUCUAUCCCAGUUCUAGAAGGCCUUUCCAUCUACUCCCAUUGGGCCCACCCAGCAAUUUCAUUAAUAUUCAAACUGUCUCCUGCCAGCUAUCCAGUAAGAAGGGCCAUUGUGGCUUAAAAAGACCCCUGGGACCCAUGUGUAUUUCGGCACCUCCUGGAUAUUGGCUCUGACUUGCUGCCAGCUCAUGUGGCCCAGUCAGUGUCUUCUGUGAAAGAAUGAUCACCUCAUCCCUCAAUUUAUGAUCUGGAACUUUGUGGGAAGAAUUAGAAAUCAGCAUCUGUGUUUUCAAAGUCAAAAUUCUUUGCCAGGUGUGGUGGUGCACACCUGAAACUCCAGAGACUCGGGAGGCUGAGGCAGGACGAUCACAAGUUUGAUGCCAACUCAGCAAUUUAGUGAGACCCUGUCUCAAAAUAAAAAAAUAAAAAAACUGGGGAUGUAUUUCGGUGGUUAGAGCACUUACCUAGCACAAGGCCCUGGGUUCAAAUCACAGUACAGGCGGGGGACAAAAAAAAAGGAAGGAAAGAAAAAAAUGAAAAGAAAGUGUUUGAGGCCAGCCUGGGUAACUUAGUGAGACCCUGUCUCAAAAUAAAAAAUAAGAAGGGCUGGAGGGCUGGGGUAUAGCUCAGUGGUAGAGCACCCUUAGGUUCAUACCUAGUACUGCAAAAUAGAUAAAUAAAUAGAACUGGGGAUGUAUCUCAGAAGUAGAGUGCUCCUAGGUUCAAUUUCCAGUACCAGAAAAUAAAAAAAUAAUUGUCAUCUACUUUUGACCUUAUUUUACCACUUGAUAUAUGAUUGAGAGGAAAAUGAGAUCAAUUGUCUUUUCCUAAAUUCCUCACAGGCCAAUUGCUUUCAGAUUCUUUCUGUCUUGAACAUGGAAUUUAAACUUCUGAUUCUGGGAUGUAGAAGAUGGGGGCUGAACAUCUAUGGAUUGGGGGCUACUGAUGGUGAACUGUAGUUACUCUAUUUUUGAAACUUCUAGUCAUGAUUAAUUUUCUCUCAGCUUCAAAAAUAGUCAAGCUUUUAAAUUGCCUGUCUUGUAUAAUGAGAGCAUUCCUUUCCACAAAGAAAUUAAUCCACAUUAGGAUUUUCUGGGUUUUCUGGGUUGAUGUUCUGAGACAUGAUGCUGUAUUAUCAUUUGGCUUGAUAAUACUCAAGGGGCCUUGUUCCUCAAAGCUUUGGGGCUCCUGAAUGGAAGAAAAAAGGGGUGAGAUUAACAGAACAGAAUCCACUGCAGCAACUUUAGGAACAGUGUGGGUGGCUAGCACAGCCAUAGGAAACAAAUAUUAUGUACAGGCCUUGGCCUGGGGGUGGAGAGUGGAUAGACAGAAAAUCAUUAGGUAAUUUAAGUGCUAAAUUGGGCAGCGUUUUUAGUGUCGAAUCACUUCUAGAUGGUUUAAUUUGUUAAAUUCUUCCUAGGAUGGUGAUUUACAACCUACCCAAGGUUAUGCAUAUUCGUAGUGAAUUUAUGGGCCUAAGUUCUUUGGUAGACCUUAAAUAAAUGUCCUAAGUCUGGCUCAUCAGAACUACCUGGGAAACUUUUUUUUAAAUUUCUUAAAGUUUUAAGAUUUUAGGGAUCCCAGUCUCAAAUCUAGUAAAUCAAACUUCCAGGGGUGCAGCCUGGGAAUACAUUGUUCUUGUCAAAGCUUCCCAGGUAAUUCUGAAUGACCAGAUUUGGAAACCACAGCUGGAGAACUUUGUAAAAAUUGAGAGUCAGGUCUUUACUAUGUAAAGAAUCCUGGGUUUGCCAGGUAUGGUGUGCACGCAUGUAAUCCCAGUGGCUCAGGAGGAUCACAAGUUCAAAGCCAACUUCAGCAAUUUAUUGAGGUCCUAAGCAACUCAGCAAGACUCUGUCUCUAAAUAAAAUGUAAAAAAGUGGGCUCAGUGGUUAAGCACCCCUGAAUUCAAUUCCCAGUACCCCCCAAAAAAAGAAUUCUGCAUUUGGGGCAGGGGAUAUAGUUAAGUUGGUAGAGCGCUUGCCUCUCAUGCACAGAGCAGUGGGUUCAAUCCCCAGCAACAUACAUACACACACACACACACACACACACACACAAGAAUCCUAGGUUUGUGUUUGCUCAAUUACUUUCCAGGUGAUUCUCAUACACACAGGCUUUCAAAGCCAUAGUCCCAAGGAAGAGGCCAGGAGCCAAAUAAAAGAAUGACAAAGUGGGCCAAGCCUUCAGUGACGUGUUGCUAAUUUUCGAUGUAAAGAUUAAACCCAGGGGCUCCCACUUGCAAGGCAAGUACCCUACCUCUAGGCUACAUUCCAGCCCAUUUUUUUUGUUUUUUGGUACUGGGGAUUGAGCCACAUUCCCAACCCUUUUUAAUAUUAUAAUUUUUAAAAAUUUUGAGACAAGACCUGACUAAGUUGCUGAAGCUGACCUACAACUUGCAUCCUCCUACCUCAGCCUCCCAGGUCACUAGGACCUCAGGCCCUAGUCCCCACUGUGCCCAGUUCCUUGUUUGUUAAUGUCAGUUAUUAUAAUUUGCUUGAUAUUUUAAGACCUUGAAGUUCUUUUUUGUAUUACCAUUUUCAGAUAAGGUGUUUUUGUUUUGUUUUGUUUGUGGUGCUAGGGAUUGAACGCAUGGCCUUGUGCAUGCUGGGCAAGCACUCUACCAACUGUGCCUUAUCCCCAGCCCAUUAGAUAAGAUUUUGAUUACAGUGAUUCUAAAGAUAAUAGUAGAGUAACAAAUUCCACUUGUUUAGAGAAAAUUGAUUUUUACAAGAUCACAAAUAAAUGGAAAGUAGGUCUCAUAUUCAUGGUGGUUAAUAGUUAAUGGCCUUAAAUGUCAGUUUGUUAAGGUGCUAUUUUAUACCUGUAGUUCAAGAAUAUUGUAGCAUUGGAGAUUUUAUCUUUAUAACCUCUGUUUUAAAGAAAUUAAUUUGCUAGUACCAAUGCUUAGGUCCAGUUGCUUAGUACUAAUUCAGAACUUGAUUUAAUGCCCCCAAUACUGCUUGGAGAUGGGACCAUUUUAAAACCAAAUAUGUUUUCUUUUCCCAUUUGCUGACUCAGGAUCUGCCUGCCUUUUUGAGCAUUGCUGGAGGCUGGCCCACCAGCCCUUCUGGAUUUUUGUUUUUCUCCCAACUGGUGAAUAUUAUAGGCCUGAAAAAUCAUUAAAGGCAGCACUGAAAUAUAACUAAUUCUACUCUAUUCCCCUAUCCUUAAAGAAAAGGCACAUACCUGUGAUCCCAGCUAUGUGAGAGACUGAGGCAAGUCCUGCCUUGAUAACUUGGAGAAAACUUGUCUCAAAAUAAAAGAUAUGCCAGGCAUGGUGGUAGAGUUUGUAAUCCCAGCAACUUGUGAGGCUGAGGCAAGAGGAUUGCAAAUUUGAGGCCAGCCUCAGCAGCUUAGCAAGACCCUAAGCAAUUUAGCAAGACUCUGUCUCAAAACAUUUUUUUUUUAAAGGCUGGGGAUGUAGCUCAGUGGUAAAGUGCCCCUGGGUUCAAUCCCUGGUACCAAAAAUAAAAAUAAAUUUUUUUGAAAAAGAUAAAAAGUACUGGAGAUGUAAUUCAAUGAUAGAGUCUUGUCUAGCAUACCAAGGCUCUGUUUCUAAUUCCCAGUAACAUGGGGUGGGGGUGAGGAGGAGGAAGAAAAUAUUUACAUGAAUGGAAAUGUGACUAUACUAAAAAUAACUAGGUCCUAUCAUUUGGAUGCCACUCCUUGGUAAAAUUGUUUAGAACGUGGACAUUUUUGUAGCCCCUCCCUAGAGAUGUUUCUAUAUUUGAGUCAAAAUUUCCUUUUGUCAUUGGUCUGGUCUUUGGCAAAAAAUAAAGUCAUAAGAAUUUCCUAAAGGGUGUUCUGAGCAACCCAAGGAAGGGCUGAGAACAGAACUGUGGGAAGGUGACUGCCCACCUUUGUUCUUUGAACAGAAUAGCAAGUGACCCAAUAAGUAGGGACAAAGCAAUCAUAGGGCAGGGAUGGUCCUCAGCAAUAGGGUGAUGAAUUCCUUUUAUAUCACUUAAAAAGUAAUGAUCCAAAGCUGGUCCAGGGUGAUUUACCUAAGUCAUUCUCCCCAGCUAAGUUAUAAUUGGAUUCCUUAUUUUUUUCCUAUUAUUUCCAUAUUAACUUUAUUCUGUUGAUUUGUGUCUGUGUCCUCAGGACACUGUCCCAUCUCACAAGAGACUUUUCUUGCCAACCUUUUAUAGGCAGUGGCCCACAUUUGACAUAAUCUAAGACUAUGGUUAGAGAAAGUAAAAAUCUCUAAUUUCAUAAAAUCAGAUUACCCAAGAAAAUAAACCUCAGUGUCCCUUUUCCCUCCCUCCCUCCCUCUUAACUCACUGUUUGGGUAGACUCCCGCAGUGUAAGUGACUCAAGCUAUUAAAGCCAGAUAAUCCCCAAAGGUGCAUGUUGAAAUAAGUAGGAAGUCACUAGAAAGAAAUGUAUGUUGGAAAGAACUCGACAUGUGCUUUUGAUUUAUCCAUAAAUACUACAGACUGCAGAAUAUAUCUAGAAGUGAUUUUAUUGUUAGAAAAAUCCUGCUUUCUUUCCUUUAAGGUAUUUCAGACAUGAUUUGAAUCCUCUAAAGUUUUAUCUGCAGAGGUUCAGUAUAAUAAUUGUAUUGAUCUGUAUUAGAGUUCUGUUCUCCAGGGAAAUAGAAACAGUAAGUGAAAAAGAGAGAGAAAUAGAGAAGCUGGACUUGGUGGUGCACACCUGUAAUCCCAGCUAUUGCAAGACUGAGGCAGCAGGAUCACAAGUUUCAGGCUAGACUCAGCAACUUGGCAAGACCUCUCUCAAAAUAAAAAAUAAAAAAGGGACAGGAAUGCAUCUCAGUAGUAUAGUUCCCCUGAGUCUUAUCCCCAGUACUACACCAAAAAAAAAUUGUAGAGAGCUAUAGAUAUCAAUAUAUAAAGAGGUAUGUAGAGAAAUAUAGAUAUCAAUAUAUGGAGAGAGCCAGGCAUGGUGGCACAUGCCUGUAAUCCCAGUAUCUCAAGAGGCUGAGACAGGAGGAUAGCAAGUUCAAAGCCAGCCUCAGCAAUCGCAAGGCCCUAAGCUACUCGGUGAGACCCUGUCUCUAAAUAAAAUACCAAAAAAAAAAAAAAAAUAGGGCUGGGGAUGUCACUCAGUGGUCUAGUGCCCCUGAGUUCAAUCACACUGGUACCAAAGAAACAAAAAAAAUGGAGGUACAUAGAUGGGUAAGUGUAUAUGUAUUUAUUAUAAGUAAUUAGCUCAUACUGUAAUGGAGUCUAUCUAAAGUCCAAAUUUCGCAAAGUGAAGGGUUCUAGUUUGAGUCCACUUGAAGGUCAGCAGCCUGGCAGAUCUAGUAUUUCAGCUGUUGAGGAGGAGAAUUUUCUCUUGCUUGAGAGAAGACAUCUUUAUGUUCUAUUCAUGUUUUCCACUGAUUGGGUGAGGCCCACCCACUUUAAGGAGGCAGUCUGCUUUUUGGGGUUUGCUAAUUUAUUAAUCUCAUCCAAAAUACUCUCACAGAAAACACCCAGAAUAGUGUUUGACCAAAUAUCUGGGCACCCUGUGACCCAGUCAAGUUGAUACACAAAAUGAACCAUCACAUACUCUUAACAGGGUUUCCUGAGUGAGGGGUAUUAUUUUGAUAACUUUUCUUCACACAAAUUGAAUUUGAUUCACAUUCAAGUUGAGGCCCAUCUCAUAAGGAGCUAAUUACAUGCUCAUGGGAAUAAAGAGGAGAAAGCAGAGAGGGAGAGGAAGGCAAUGAGACAGGUAUUUUCCGAUGAGUGCCCAAAGCACUGGAUUCCAAUACCUGAUUCUGUAUAGGACUCUUCCCUCGGCUCUACAAGCUGUAUACGCCUCUCAUACUAUCUUUCAAACUAGAGAGCCAACAGUUCUUCCCAUUUUCCAUUUGAGGGAAGAAAUGUCUCAAAAUUUGACUGACUGAAAGGCAGCUGGUUGCAUUUGUAAUAAAGCCAAGACAUAACUGCAUGUCUUCUAAUUCCCCAUCUCCAUUCUGUCAUUUGGGUUUCUGGGAAACGUUUGGCCUGGAAAACUCAUUUUAGAAAAUAAGCCUAGACAUUUAGAGAAACAGAACUGAGCCCUUUGGGGUUUGAAACUCUUGGUUUGUAUUAAGAUAGCUUUUGAGAACAUGCUUAUAUAUGGAAUAGUGACAUGUGAUUAAAUUUGGGGCCAAAUUGAGUGCACCCUGAAUAGCAUGCAGUGCACACGUGUCCUAAGAUCUUUAAUUGACAGGUUCCACUUACUAAGAUAUGUCACCACGUGCAGUGACUGUCAUUUAAUUUUGCAUAUCACUUUUCUUAUUUGCAAGUGCAGGGAUUUUAACAGCCAUUCUAUUUUCAACUGUUGCUGCCAGUAGCUGUGUUCAUCUGUGUGUUUGCUGCAAACCACAUACUCUCCUAAGCACUUCACACAGAAAAUUUUUAUUUCACAUUGACCUUAUGGGACAAGUAUUUGAGGUAACUGGGGCCAAAAAAUGACUUUUCUCAAAAUAGUGAUUUUUUUUAACUUUAAUCAACUCCAGAAAUAGCCCUUUGCUACAUCACAGUGCUUUCCACUGUGUGUGUGUGUGUGUAUAUGUGUGUUGGUGGUGGUGGCAUCCUUGAAGUUUUUCCAUUUAACAAAUUUCAGUGUGGUGGAAAGAGUAAUAUGUUAAGUGGGUAGAUAAAUUUUCUAAUACCUUUAUGAUGAGAAUGUUUAUACUUGCUCAUUAAGGAAAUGAGAAGGAAGACCCCAAAUUGGCCAUAGCUCCACAACCCAAUCAAGACCUCUAAUUUAUUUCAGUAAAUUUGUUUUUCAUUAAUUUUUUAAUGCAGACUUUUUUGUUCAAUUGUUUUCAUACUUGAAACAUCUGAUUACCUGCUAUUUACGUAUCUAGGGUUGCAGCAGGAAUUGUAGGAGAUAUAAGAUCUGUGCCCUAGAAAUCCAAAGAAGAAAGAGGUCAAAAAAGAGUUCUUAAAGUAAAUUUGAGAUAGAUAAUGAUUGAAAAAAAGGUGGGAUAAGAUUUCAGGUUGGGCAGAAAGGGAGUUUGAAAUGCUUAGGCAAGUUUGGAAAGUAGUCAAUGGACCAAAGAGUUUGUGUUAAAAAUAAGGUUAGGGGCUGGGGCUGUGGCUCAGUAGUGGAGCUCUUGCCUUGCACAUGUGAGGCACUGGGUUCAAUCCUCAACACUACAUAAAAAUAAAUAAAUAAAAUAAAGGUAUUGUGUCCAUGUACAACUAAAAAAAUAUUUUUAAAAAGUAAGGUUAGGGCUGGGGUGUGGCUCAGUGGUAGAGGACACACCUUGCACGUGUAAGGCACUGGGUUCAAUCCUCAGCUCCACAUAAAAAUAAAGGUAUUAUGUCCAUCUACAACCAAAAAAAUAUUUUAAAAAAUAAGAUUAGAAAGAUGAUUGGCAGCUUGUUUAGGUGAUUCAUUUGGCCCAUGUGGUAUGCCCAUUUUGUGCCAGGUACUUCUUUAAGUAUGUAGGAUGCAAGACUGGGGAGGAGAAGGCUCCUGUCCCGGAAGGGUGAUCAGAAAACAGAGGGACAUGGAAAGAACUCUUCAGUGUGGAAAGUGCCAAGUCUUUACUACUUAAGAGUGGUAGAGCUUGAGAGGGGAGAUCAGAAAAGCCUUAUGACAGACAGGACAGUCAAACUGAGUAAGAGUCUGCCAACUGGAGGGCUAUGGAAGGAAAUGCAUUUCAGACAGGUGGAAUAAAGGGAAUGAAGCCAGGGGAAAUGUGAUGCAUAGCACAACUUGCUCAGAUGAAAGCGGAUAUUCGUCACAGCUGGAGCUGGAAGCGGGGAGGUGGCAGUAGGAUUGUAUUAGUCUGUGCAUGCUGCUAUAACAAAGUGUUAAACUUGGUAAUUUUUAAGUACCGGAAAUGUAUUUAUUACUCACAGUGUUAUAGGCUGGGAAGUCCUAGAUCAAGACACCAGCCCUAGUGAAGGCUAUUUGCUUCAUAGAUGACACCAAUUUUGCUGUAUCUAACUGGCAGAAGGGGCAAACAACCUCCCUCUGGCCUCUUACAUAAGGGCGCCAAUACCGUUCAAGAGGGCUCCAUCCUUAUGACCUAGUCACCUCUCAAAUAUCUCAUCUAGAUACCAUCACAUUGAGGAUUAGAUUUCAACAUAUGCAUUUUACAAGCAGGCCAUUGCAAGAGUAGAGGUGAGAAAACACAUUUAAAGUGGGGUCAAAUAAAGGAUAUCUUUGUAGGCCAUGCCAAAGCAUUUGGACUUCAUCUUGUAGUACCAAGUGAAGGGAUGUAGUACCUGUGAAAGGAUUUUUUUAAUCUUGUUUUCUUAUUGAAAAAUACAUAAAUACUAGUCUUUUUAAAUGUCAUAUUUAGACACCAUUUUUUUAAACCUAAUUGUUCUGGAUGUCAUAAGCACAACAUGGUCUCAUUGGGCUGAAAUCAAGGUGUGGGCAGGACAGCAUUUUUUUAGUUAUAGGGAAGCAUUCUUUUCUUGCUUCUGGGCCCCCUUUCUUCAUCUUCAAAGCCGUUUUUUCUCAUCUCUUAUCACUCAGGCCUUUUUUGGCUCCUUUUUCUUUUCUUUUCUUUUCUUUUCUUUUUUGCUGUGCUAGGGAUGGAACCCAGGGCCUUGUGCAUGCUAGGCAAGCGCUCUUUACUGGGCAUCACCCCCAGCCCCUCCUUUUUCCACUUUUUUUUUCCUAGGGAUUGAACUCAGGGACACUCAACCACUGAGCCACAUCCUCAUCCCAAUUUUGUAUUUAUUUAGAGACAGGGUCUCACUGAGUUGCUUAGCACCUCGCUGUUACUGAGGCUGACUUUGAACUCUUGAUCCUCCUACCUCAGCCUCCCCAGCUGCUAGGAUUAUAGGCACGCACCACUGCAUCCUUUUUUCCACUUUUAAGGAACCCUUGUGAUUCUAUUGGGGCCCACUUGGAUAAUCGAGGUCGAUUUUCCAUCUUAAGAUCAACAGAUUAGAAGCUUACUUUCCCCCACAUAGUCACAGUUUCUAGGAAUGAGGACCCCAAAAUUUUUCAGGGAUCAUUGUGCUUAUGAUAGACAGAAAAACUGAGAGUAGAGGGGACGAGGAACCUGUCCAAGAUCAUACAGCUAGUUUGUAGUAGGACCAAGAAUAAAGACAAUUUUUUACUAUUUAAAUAAUAUAGAUAUUUUUUAAAGGAGAUAGGAUUCUGUAAUGUCAUCUCUGAAAUAAAAAUUGAUUAAGAGAUUGGAUAUUAUUAUAGGUAUUUCUCUACAUAUACAGUCCCAGCUGUGAGCCCCUCCCCCUACAAAAAAUAAAGUAAAAUAAGAACAGGCUUAUAUAUGGCUUUUGGCAAUUUGCUUUUCUCUCUUUAAUGUAUCUUGGAUAGCUUCCCAUGUAAGAACACAGAAUUCUACUUUCUUGCUUUUCAUUGCUACAUAGGAUUGUAUGGAGCUAUUAUAAUUUAUAUAUUCAGUUACCUAUUAUUGGAUACUUGGGGUACUCCUUUUUCCUCUGUUAUGAACUCAUAUCUUUGUAUAUUUAUCAAUUUACUGAAUUUACGUGAAAACUUUUUUAGGAACUCCUAGAAAUACUCCAAAAGGAUAUAAACAUUUUGUUUAAAUUUUGUAUCAAAUUUCCCUGUAAAAUAUAUCCAUAUAUACACAUCCAUUACUAGGGUCUGAGAAGUCAGUUUUCCAAUGUCCUUAACAAGACAGUUUACUGAUUUCAGAAGUGAAAAAAACUAAAUUAUUUGGCUUUUAUUUUGUUAUAAGUGAACGUAUUUUAAAACAUAUUCAUCAUUUUUAUUUCUUCUGUGAGUCACCAUCCUGCGUCUGUCUGUGCUGGCGAUUGAACCCAGGGCCUCUCCACGCUAAACCCACACUCCACCACUGGGCUACACCCAGUCCCUUCUUAGUGAUUUAUUUUAUAUAUUAAGGACAAUAAUCUUUUGCUAUAUCUUGCAAAUAUUUUUCCUAAUUCAUGGAGGGAUUUUAGCAAAGUCAUAUUAGAUCUGGGCUUAAGAAAUCUCUCUUUAGUAGCUUGAAUGCUAGCUUAAGGAGCUAGACUUUAUUAUGGAGCUGUAUGCACUUAAUUUGAGGAUGGAUGUGAGUGCUGUGCUUUAUGAAAGCAGUGUUGCCUGUUAAACCUACCACAGAUUACAGAUCCCAUCCUUCCUUCUAGGGUGGCAGGGUGAACAGAGCCAGUAGAUUGGAAAUAGAAAUUAAAAAAAAAAAUAAAGAGGCUUUCUUUAACUUCCUAGAAGAGUCUUCAAAGAGUGGUACCUUUCUGUGUUCCUGUGAUCAGUAAAAGCAGGGACUGUCUUUUUAUUUAUUUAUUUUUUCAUAUUAGGAAUUGAUCCCAGGGACCCUUUAUCACCAAGCUACAUCUUCAGUCUUUUCUUUUUCUUUCUUUUGUUUUGUACCAGGGAUUGAGCCCAGGGGCACUCUACCACUGAGCCACAUUCUCAGCCCUUUUUAUUUUUCAUUUUGAGACAGCGUCUCACUAAGUUGUUUAGGGCCUUGCUAAGUUCUGAGGCUAAGUUGCUGAGACUAGCCUUGAACUUGUGAUCCUCCUGUCUCAGCCUCCUAGAGUCACAGGGAUAACAGGCGUGUGCCACCAGGCCUGCCUUAGUUUUUUUUUUUUUUCUAUUUUUUAUUUUGAGCCAGAGUCUCGCUAAGUUGCUUAGGACCCUGCUAAAUUGCUGAGGCUGGCCUUGAACUUAUGAUCUUCCUGUGUGUGUGUGUGUGUGUGUGUGUUUUGCUGGGGGUUGAACCUAGGGCCUUGUGCAUGCUAAGCAUAUAUCCCCUGCCUUGACUGUCUUUAAUAUACGCAAUGAAGAAGGAAAAGACUACUUCUCAAAAUACAAUUAAAAUCAUAGGGAAAAUUAAGCAUUGGGAUAACAAGCCAAGUGGUUUUUUGUUUGAGACAGGGUCUCACUAUGUCGCCCAGGCCGGCCUCAAAUACUUGGGCUCAAGUGAUCCUCCUGCCUCAGCCACCUGAGUAGCUGGGACUACAGGCACACAACAUCACACCCUCCUCUAUAUUUCAUUUCCGGAGAAAAGGAAUAACUGCCUUUUCUGUCAACUGAUCAUUUUCUGUUUUUAUAGCUUUUCAGAGUUUUAUUACACAUAUUGUCUCUUCAGAGUUCUCAGAUGGUGCUUUCAAAAUCUGACCUAUCAUAUAUGAUCAGUGUCUUCAGAUUCCAAUAAAAUGGUUAUGGUUGAGAUAGGCACACAGGGAUGAUUGGAGGUGCAGUAGUGGGAAUCUACCUUGGAGCAUGCAUUCUAGGUUCUGUUAGCUCUAGUAGGCAGAAGUUCUGAAUUUGUCCAGUAAAAAGUAAACUAGAAGUUCAAAUGUUAAGCUACUUCCUUCCUAAAAGACAGUGUUGGAUGAAAUCUCUUAUAUUAUUUUGUACUAGGGAUUGAACUUGGGGCACUCAACCACUGAUCCACAUCCCCAGCCCUUUUUUAUAUUUUAUUUAGAGACAGGGUCUCACUGAGUUGCUGAGGUUGGCUUUGAACUCACGAUCCUCCUGCCUCAGCCUCCCAAACUGCUGGGAUUACAGGCAUGCACCACUGAGAUACGUACCACUGUGCCUGGCCAGUGUUGGCUGAAAUAUGAGUGAAUAAAUGAGCAAAUGGAGGGAAAGCAUCAGCUGAAGCUUCAGUGAAGAGACAGGGAGGACAUGACUCACACCUCGGAUGGGGAGACUCUUUAUUCAGUGGCCAUCCAUGUGCUGGCCUUGGACUACACAACCAGGCCAAGUCCUGGAAGACCUGUUGUGAACUUUUUCCCUGCCUGGACAUGUUGACUAUGGCUAGUUCCAUUCAUUACCUAAUAAAUGAUUAACAAGA